AUCUGUUUACGGAUGCGUCGAGUUGGAACUAAAUCUGUUUGGAACUUAAGAAUGGAUUGGUAAAGCUGGUAGUACACAGGUCGCGAUUCAAUCGUGUUUGAUCGUGUAUUAAAAAACGGGAGGGAAAGUGAGAGGUGUUCAUGUAAUGUAAUUUAACUUCGUCGUGAGUAUCGAACAGAAUUUCGAUUUUGGAUUGUACUGUGGAGAAAGAAAUACUGAUCUAUAAAAUGCAUGUGUCGUGUGAUAUUACGUAUACGUACAACUGUUAAAGCGUAUUGUGGCGGAUUUGGCGCGCUUGAUUAUUUUACAACUUGUAGUCUUUCUAAAUAUAAUUUAACUUUGUCGAACCUUGAAAUCUGUAUAAACAUGAAUUGAUCUGGGAAAAGAUAUGGAGUCAUUCCUAGAAUUGUUUGAUCCAGACAAUGGAAAAAACAUGAGAAAGGAAAGUUGGAAUGACUCGGAAAAUGAAGGGAAUGGAAUGUCGGAUUGUGAAAAUUCCAGCAUUGAAGAUGAUCAAGAAGAAAGAUUACCACCAGAACCUGAACAGGGUAAUAUUGAAUAUAAGUUAAAGUUGAUAAACCCAUCCAGUCAGCGAUUUGAACAUCUUGUAACUCAAAUGAAAUGGAGACUUAGGGAAGGACAUGGUGAAGCAAUCUAUCAGAUUGGUGUGGAGGACAAUGGAAAGUUAACAGGCUUAACAAGAGAAGAUAUGAAAGCAUCUCUAAAAACCUUAAAUGAUAUGGCAGCUAGAUUAGGUGCUACAACAAGUAUAUUACGUGAAAGGCUUGCCAAUUCUAAAAAUAAAGGUAUGCCCACACACAGUAACAACAAAGAGGAAAUGCGGGUAGCAGAGGUGCUGGUGAGAAAGUUAAGGAAAGGAGACAGGGAAGAUCAGGAUAGUAUAGUCGAUUUAAGACUUGCUGUCACUGGUGCACAGGAUGCUGGAAAGUCAACUCUCUUAGGUGUAUUAACCCAAGGUGAAUUAGACAAUGGUAGAGGAAGAGCGAGACUGAACAUGUUGCGUCAUCUUCACGAGAUAAAAACGGGUAGAACGUCAUCGAUAUCGCACGAAAUUAUAGGCUUCGACAAUGAUGGGCACGUCUUGAAUUAUGCGGAAAUGGCAACUGCAGAAGAGAUAUGUGAACACGCUUCAAAAGUAGUCACAUUUAUAGACCUAGCCGGGCAUCGGAAGUAUUUGAGGACAACGGUAUUGGGUCUUACAGGAUAUUCACCUCAUCACGUGAUGCUAGUCGUGGCACCGCCUGUGAAUGAAGCUUCGCAGGAACAUAUGACAUUGUGCCUCACUCUAGGUCUCCCGUUCUUCGUAGUUGUAAACAAAAUCGACCUGGGUUUUUAUAGUAUUCCAGAAACAAUAAAUCAGCUAGAGAAUGCUAUUAACGCGCAAGGGUAUUCUAAACAAUUAGUCAUGUACAAUAACAGUCAAAUGACGUGGGAUUACGAGUCAAACAUAGUGCCAGUUUUUAAUGUAAGUUGUGUUACCGGAGAGGGCUUGGAAAAUUUGACCAAUUUCAUCAAGAACUUACCAACGUACGAUGUUAAUUCUACGGAAUCAGAUUCCGAAUCGUGUCUGUUUCAAAUUGAUGAAACAUUUAGAGUAGCGGGUUUGAACGAACCUGUUUUAGGAGGAUUACUUGUGAAAGGAGCGAUUGCUCCAGGUACUCGAUUGUUAGUUGGUCCUCUACCAGACGGUGAAUUUAGUCCGGUUAAAGUGGUUAGUUUACAUCGCAAUAAAGCUCCAUGUUGCUUAGUGAGAGCCUCACAGAGUGCUAGUCUAACAUUAGCACCUCCAACAAACCGAAGUCCCCCAUUACCCCAUUUACGACCUGGAAUGGUUCUAGUGUCAGUGUGGGACCAGCCACAUGCAACGCUUUUCUUUCAAGCAACUGUGUUAAUAGUGUAUCAUGCAACUGCGAUAUUCUCUGGUUUUCAAACAACCGUGCACAUAGGAAAUGUAAGACAAACGUGUAUUAUUAAAGGAAUAAUGGACGCUAAAGACAGAGGUCUGCAAACGAACGACACAGCCUCUGUUUUGUUUAGGUUUGUUAAUCAUCCGGAAUACUUGCACGUUGGUAUGCGUUUAUUGUUACGGGAGGGACGCACUAAAGGGAUCGGUAAAAUUACGCAAAUAUUUCCUUUGAUAGGGCAACAGAAUAAUAUGCAAUAAACCGAAUAAACUUUUGUGUGUGAAAAGUAUUAAACGUUGCAAAUUGUUUACAAUAAUUGUAACAAAAUUCAAUUAUUUGUCACGUGCCUAGUAUAAGCACCUUUUGAAGACUUUCUCUGUAUAGUAUACAAGAAGACAGUCCUUUCUUUUUGUUUAGCAGGUCUUCAGUGGUAUAGGUUUUAUAGCUAUUUGAAUGAAAAACAAAGUCGAUCUUUUUGUUGGACUCGUGUAUAUGUGUAUAUAUACCAUAAUAGAUGUUUAAUUUGGUUUUCUAUACUUUUGCCAUAAAGAUUUUUUACCUGAGGAAGUCAGAGGUUAGGUGACCUUGAUAGCUUGAUGUCUUUCUUUAGUAUUAGAAGAUAUAUUGCGGGUUGUUAAGAAUUGUAACCCAGUGAACAAUAUAAAAUGAAUAUAAUGUGUGAUUGAUAAUUUUGUUUACGUAAAUGAUAAAGAGAUUUUAAAAAGAACACCUAACCAUCCGCUAUUGUAUCUUCGAUUAUAACGGUUAUGACCACUUUAUUUCGUGACACGAAAUAAAUUAUCGUUAUAAGAGUUCGACGUUAUUGUUUUGCGUAUGACGCUGUAUGUUAGAAAUUCUUCGUGAGAACAAUCAUUAUAAUAAUGCAAUGCUUCUCUAUCGCAUCGAAAUAAAUUUAUUCUUGAGUUUCUGCUAAUGUUGUUUGAAAAAGAGAAAAAAAAUACGAAAAAGUAAAGAGUAUAUUUCAAAUUAAUGAACGCAAAGUAAAUAUUUUCGUAGUUAUUAUUAUCAUAUAAUGAUAAUUAUCAAAUGCAAUAUUGUUUAGUUUGUAAGAUUUUUCAAAAAGGAAAGAUAAAUCUAUCCGUAAGACGGUUGUAUUCGUGAAUAACGUAGAAUUGUAAACUUUCAACAUUAUCCAAAGAUACAUAUCGUGUAAAACGUUUGUUAACAUUUUGUUAGUGUAAAUUAUUAUACAACCGUCCUCGACGAAAAAAAAUAUUUCGUUUUAUUUAUGUCAAAUUCAGAUUGUAAUGCAUUAUAAACUGUAAAGUACCUUAAAUAAAACAAAAGGAAAGAAAAACA